GAGCGGGAGACACGAGACUCCCGUUUUCACCAUGGCUUUCCAAAUGGGCCGUCGCUUUCUCCGGUGGACAGGAUCGCAGGGAGCCGUGCAGCAGGAGGCCCACGACUGGUGCAGAUGCGCCUGCUGUCAUCUCACUGUCGGUCCGUCCUUACCCGGUACGAGACUGAAACGUUGACUUGGCCAGUCAUUGGAGAUUAGAUGGUUGUUUGGGGAACUUCAGCUUAAGUUUAAAGAAUCUAGAAUGCAAAAAUGUGUUUGAGAAGGUGCUUAGAAGAGGCAAUGAUAAGUUAUUUAGCGUUCAUUGGUCAUUCCAACUCUGCUAUGCAAGUACUCCUGAAGUAGUUUGGGGUUGCCUGAUCUUCGGUCGACUAAGAUUCACUUAAACCUCCAUGUUGCUAUUCCUGACCGUUGGAUCGCUUGCUUCAGCCAAUUCAUAGCCACUUCUUUCCUUCUGGUAAGGGCAGCUUCAACAGUUGCCACGUCAGCUAUCUAUAGCGAUCCACAUCAAUUUUUCGGGCAAGUGGAGGAAAGAGGGAGAGGAAGCAGGCGAGGUACUAGCGCUCCUGCAAGCAGUAAUUUAUAGUAGAGGUCGCGGGACCCACCACAUCCUAUCCCGUCUCCUUUCCUCCUCUCCCUACCUCUCUUUUCCUCGCGCAUGGUCACAGACUCAGUCACGGUGUCAUUAGCGAACUGAUUGCUGCUCAGUUUAUCCACUACACGGACCACCUGAUCAGAGAGGCUCAGGAAUCAGUGAGCUAAAAGUAGCUAGACAUGGUGCAAGAGGCCGGCGGCGUAGCAACGGGCCGCGGCGGCGGCGGUGGCGGCAAGCCGCACGCGGUGGUGGUGGCGUACCCGCUGCAGGGCCACAUCAUCCCGGUGGUGCACCUGGCGCUUCGGCUCGCGGCGCGGGGCUUCGCCGUCACCUUCGUCAGCACGGAGGACGUGCACGACCAGACGGCGCGCGCGCUGGGCGUCGACCCGGACGGGUACGACGUCUUUGCGUCCGCACGCGCCGCGUCGGCGGCCGGGGAGCUGGACGACGUGGCGUACGAGCUGGUGAGCGACGGGCUCCCUGUGGGGUUCGACCGGUCGCUGCGCCACGACGAGUUUAUGGGCGCUCUGCUCCACGAGAUGUCGGCGCACGUGGAGCAGCUGCUCCGCCGCGUCGUCGUGGACCCGGACACGACGCUCCUCGUCGCCGACACGUUCUUCGUGUGGGCCGCGACGCUGGCCAGGAAGCUCGGCAUCGCGUGCGUGUCGUUCUGGACGGAGCCCGCGCUCAUCUUCAACCUGUACUACCACGUCGACCUGCUCGCCCAGAACGGCCACUUUAGAUGCAACGGUAAUUCAGCAUGCGUGUUACCGUGCCGUCUCGAUCGUGACAAAAUGAUCGAGUGCUGUUCAUUGUGGUCUUCUGGAGGAUGGAUCCCACUCCAAGCCUCGCAAGGACACGAUCACGUACAUCCCAGGCGUGCCGGCGAUCGAGCCGUGCGAGCUCAUGUCGUACCUGCAGGAGACGGACACCACCUCCGUCGUGCACCGCAUCAUCUUCAAGUCGUUCGAGGAGGCCCGCGGCGCCGACUACAUCCUCUGCAACACCGUGGAGGAGCUGGAGCCGUCGACCAUCGCCGCCCUCCGCGCCGAGAAGCCCUUCUACGCCGUGGGCCCCAUCUUCCCGGCGGGCUUCGCGCGCAGCGCCGUGGCCACCUCCAUGUGGGCGGAGUCGGACUGCUCCCGCUGGCUGGACGCGCAGCCUGCGGGGUCCGUGCUGUACAUCUCCUUCGGCAGCUACGCGCAUGUGACGAAGCAGGAGCUGCACGAGAUCGCGGGCGGCGUGCUGGCCAGCGGCGCGAGAUUCCUGUGGGUGCUGCGGCCGGACAUCGUGAGCUCCGACGACCCGGACCCUCUGCCGGAGGGGUUUUUGGCGGCCGCGGCGGGGCGUGGGAUUGUGGUGCAGUGGUGCUGCCAGGUGGAGGUGCUCACCCACGCCGCCGUGGGCGGGUUCCUGACGCACUGCGGCUGGAACUCCAUCCUGGAGAGCGUGUGGGCGGGCGUGCCCAUGCUGUGCUUCCCGCUGCUCACCGACCAGCUCACCAACCGGCGUCUCGUCGCGCGGGAGUGGGGCGCCGGCGUGUCCGUCGGGGACCGCGGCGCGGUGCGCGCCGACGAGGUGAGGGCGCGGAUCGAGGGCGUGAUGGGCGGAGAGGAGGGCGUGAAGCUCCGGGAGCAGGUGAGGAAGCUGAGGGGCACGCUCGAGGCCGCCGUGGCGCCCGGCGGCUCGUCGCGGCGCAACUUCGACGAAUUUGUCGACGAGCUGAAGCGCCGGUGCGGCGGCCAUUGAGCCGACCGGCCUAUCCGGCGGGUGCCCGCGACACGUUCUUGGACGUGCGCUGCGUAUCGACGUGUUGUCGCUUGUAAUUUGUAUCAUGUUGCGUAGACUCGAAGUGGGUACGUACUACCACACACACACAAACUGGCUCGACUGGAGUAUGCCUACCGUGUACCGGUGUACGGUCGGCCACUGUUGCGAAUGCUUGAUAUUUAUGUACGUAGGUCAAGACGUGGUUCUGUUGGCUGAA